AUGAACACUCCGCCGUUGACGAUCGCGAGCUCUGCAUCGCCGACGGAGACGAUCACAGACACAACCGGUACAGUCCUCAAAGGCAACUGCCACUGCGGCCGGUAUCGCUUCGAGUAUUCGCUCCCCGAUGGCCGAAGGCUCCACCACGAAGCUGUGAGAUGCACCUGCACUCUCUGUUCCAAGAAGGGGUAUAUAUGGCUUCCUAGCCCUUCAACGCCAUCCGAGGGCGAAUUGAAGUGGACACGAGAUGAUGGGUGUAUGACUAAGUAUCAAACCCCAAUGGUAUGGGAUCAGUUCUGUAAAGACUGUGGCACAGGAGUGGUGGGCGUGCAUUCGUAUGGACCUCUGAAGGGACAAGUGCUGGUCAAUGUGCGGGCUAUUCAGGGUGUCAAACCUUUCUUCCUUGAGUCGGUUAUAAAGACAGUCAAUCUCGAAGAGGAAGGACCCUUCUGGCCAUUGCCUUUGGGCCGAGAUGUCCUGUACAAUGGUAGCUGCCACUGUGGGAAAGUUCAGUUUGAGCUGAAAAACCCCGGACAAGGACUGGAAAAGCUAUGGGCAAUAAAAGAGGACAACUGCAGUUCAUGUGUGAGAGUAAGAAGCACCUGUAUCUGUACGCGGCCAUCAACAGUUACUAAUCAUUGCGAUGCUUUCGUCGGGAUCUAUCCCUCGAAGGAUCAUGUUUUCAUCCCCGAGGAAGCAUACAACGAGACCUUUGAGUACUUGUAUAAUCAGCGGGCGAACGGCCUUCGGCACUGUUCAACUUGCGGCGUGAUGGUUUUCAUGAUGGUCUACGGGCCUCCCGAUCUCGCAGAAAAGCUGAAGCAGCUCGAGGAGAGAAAUCCUGAGCGAUAUAAGGUGGCGAAGAAGAUGGUUGAGGCGAACCUGAAGUUGCAGCCCUUGAACGUGCGGACGCUUGAGAGAGUCGACUGGUACGAGAUUCGGCAGCGGGUGGAAAGAACUGAUACGGGGACUGAGGGCUAUGUUCUCGCUGAUAUCGAAGAGUCAGAGUCCGACGACGACGAAUCCGAAGAGGAAUCGACCAAGAAGCGUAAGGAAACAAAGGCGACGGAGUUAGAGUCGUCCGAGUUAAGUGAUCCCCCGGAUAGCGAAGAGGAGGAACAAUCCGAAGAGGAAUCGACCAAGAAGCGUAAGGAAACAAAGGCGACGGAGUUAGACUCGUCCGAGUUAAGCGAUCCCCCGGAUACCUCUAGCGAAGAGGAGGAAUAA